AUGGGUCACUCACGACGCCCCCAAGGCGGGGAAAAGAAGAGUCGAUUCGGACGUAAUAAAGCCGUUGCUGAUGUUGGCGACGGUCGGUCAGCAGGAAAGCCACAAGUCAAGAAGGCCACCUUUGAAUCUACCAAGAAGAAGGAGAUCGGCGUAUCGGACUUGACACUAUUGAGCAAGAUCUCUAACGAGGCGAUCAAUGACAACUUGAAAUUGCGAUUUGAACAUGGCGAGAUUUAUACCUAUAUCGGCCAUGUGUUGGUCUCAGUCAAUCCGUUCCAAGAUCUGGGCAUUUACACUGAAAAGGUACUCGAUUCCUAUCGCGGAAAGAACCGUCUCGAAGUCCCUCCCCACGUAUUCGGAGUCGCAGAAUCAGCAUACUACAACAUGAAAUCCUACAAGGACAACCAAUGUGUUAUUAUCUCAGGAGAAUCCGGUGCCGGAAAGACCGAGGCUGCCAAGCGCCUUAUGCAAUACAUUGCUAGUGUCUCAGGAGGUAGCGAUGGGUCAAUUCAGCACACUAAGGACAUGGUGCUGGCCACAAACCCUUUACUGGAGUCAUUUGGUAAUGCGAAAACAUUGCGCAACAACAAUUCCUCCCGUUUCGGUAAAUACCUCGAGUUGGAGUUCAAUGUGAGCGGCGAGCCAGUCGGGGCCAACAUUACAAAUUACUUGUUGGAGAAGACACGAGUCGUCGGUCAGAUUGUGAACGAGCGAAACUUCCAUAUCUUUUAUCAGUUCACCAAGGGCGCGCCCCAGAAGUACCGAGACAACUUCGGCAUUCAACAACCGCAGUCCUACCUCUACACGAGCCGAUCGAAGUGUUUCGAUGUCCCCGGAAUCGACGAUGUGGCCGAGUUCAAGGAUACAUUGGAUGCGAUGCAGAUGAUUGGUAUGACUGAGGGAGAACAGGACAACGUUUUCCGCAUGUUGGCAGCGAUCUUGUGGAUUGGAAAUGUUCAGUUUUCCGAAGAUGACUCUGGCAAUGCCUCGAUCACGGAUCAGUCUGUGGUAGACUUUGUCGCAUACUUGAUGGAGGUCGAUGCCGCCCAGGUGAAUAAGGCAUUGACUAUUCGUCUGAUGGAGACCGCGCGUGGAGGACGCAGGGGUUCCGUCUACGAAGUACCUCUGAACACCGUGCAAGCGGUGGCUGUUCGGGAUGCAUUGGCCAAGGGAAUUUACUUUAACCUGUUUGACUGGAUUGUUGGGCGUGUGAAUCAGUCUUUGACUGCUCGCGGGGCUGUUAGCAACUCGAUUGGUAUUUUGGAUAUCUACGGCUUCGAGAUCUUCGAGAAGAACUCUUUCGAACAGCUGUGCAUCAAUUAUGUCAAUGAGAAGUUACAGCAGAUUUUCAUCCAGCUAACGCUGAAGGCUGAGCAGGAUGAAUACGCUCGCGAACAGAUUCAAUGGACUCCCAUCAAGUACUUUGAUAACAAGGUUGUGUGCUCCUUGAUCGAAGACAAGCGUCCUCCCGGUGUUUUUGCCGCACUGAACGAUGCCUGUGCCACAGCACACGCUGAUUCUGGCGCGGCUGACAACACUUUUGUCGGUCGUCUCAACUUCCUUUCCCAGAACCCCAAUUUCGAGGGUCGCCAAGGUCAAUUCAUCAUCAAGCACUAUGCCGGUGAUGUCAGCUAUGCCAUUGAGGGCAUGACUGAUAAGAACAAGGACCAAUUGCUGAAGGAUUUGCUGAACUUGGCUGGAUCCAGUAGCAACCAGUUCGUUCACACCCUGUUUCCCAACGAGGUGAACCAGGAUGACAAGCGCCGUCCACCUACUGCAGGUGAUAAGAUCAAGGCUUCGGCCAAUGACCUUGUUGCUACACUGAUGAAGGCGCAACCAUCUUACAUCCGAACCAUCAAGCCCAAUGAGAACAAGUCCCCCAAGGAAUACAACGUUGGCAACGUGCUGCACCAGAUCAAGUAUCUCGGUCUUCAGGAGAACGUCCGUAUUCGUCGUGCUGGUUUCGCUUAUCGUCAGACCUUUGACAAGUUUGUCGAGCGAUUCUAUCUUCUGUCCCCCAAGACAUCGUACGCUGGUGAUUACACAUGGACAGGCGAUUCGGAAUCCGGUGCCAAGCAAAUCUUGAGAGAUACUAGUAUUCCUGCGGAGGAGUACCAAAUGGGUAUCACUAAGGUCUUCGUUAAGACUCCCGAGACACUCUUCGCUCUUGAGGCCAUGCGAGACCGCUACUGGCAUAACAUGGCUAUUCGUAUCCAGCGUUCUUGGCGUAACUACCUUCGAUACCGUAUUGAGUGCGCCAUCCGCAUCCAGCGGUUCUGGCGCCGUAUGACAGGAGGCUUGGAGUUUAUCAAGUUGCGUGAUCAGGGACACCAAGUACUUCAAGGCCGCAAGGAACGACGCAGAAUGAGUAUUUUGGGUUCGCGUCGCUUCCUCGGUGACUAUCUUGGUGUGGGCAACAAUGGAGGCCCAGGUGAGAUGAUCCGUAAUGGUGCCGGCAUCAGCAGUUCAGAGGAGGUUCUCUUCUCCUGCCGUGGCGAGCUCCUGGUAUCCAAGUUUGGUCGAUCCAGCAAGCCUGCGCCUCGGAUUCUUGUACUGACAAACCGUCAUGUGUUUAUUGUCUCGCAAGGCAUUGUCAAUAACCAGCUUGUCAUCUCCUCAGAGCGUACUGUCCCAGUCGGAGCCAUCAAAGCGGUCAGCACGUCUAACCUGAAGGAUGACUGGUUUUCCUUGGUGAUUGGGGCUCAAGAACCGGACCCGCUACUGAACUGCGUUUUCAAGACCGAGUUUUUCACUCAUCUGAGCAAUGUUCUGCGCGGUUCUCUGAACCUCAAGGUAGGAGACAGCAUCGAGUACAACAAGAAGCCAGGAAAGCUGGCCCUUGUAAAGACCGCCAAAGACCCCGGUUCUAGCAAUAUCGAUAGCUACAAGAGUAGCACCAUCCACACAACCGCUGGUGAGCCGGCUUCCUCUGUCUCUAAGCCGACCCCUCGACCCAAGCCAGUCGCCGCUCGACCAGUGACGAAGGGUAAGCUGCUGCGUCCUGGUGGUCCUGGUGGUGGUCCUUCCAAGCUCUCUGCUGCUGCUCGCAGGCCUCCACCUGCGGCACAGCCCUUGCCUCAAUCGACUCCCAGGCCUGCGCCUGCGCCUGUUCCUGCACCUGCGCCUGUUCCUCGAGCUGUUCCCCAGCCAGCGGUGCAGUCUCGAAUUGUUCCCAAGCCCGCACCGGCUCCGGUUUCACACUCUCAUACUUCAUCUACAAGCUCUGUUAGAGCUCCACCUCCUCCACCUCCCGUCGCUCCCGCCGCAGCUCCCGCUCCCAAGAAGCCUACGGCCAAGGUUCUGUACGACUUUAACAGCGACCGAGCAAACGAACUCUCUAUCAAGACUGGUGAAAUUUUGCAGAUCGUCUCGAAGGAAGGAAAUGGAUGGUGGCUGUGCAUGAACACGACAACCUCUACUCAGGGCUGGACCCCCGAAGCCUAUCUCGAAGAAGAAGUGGCUGCGACUCCUAAACCCGCACCACCUCCUCCCCCGCCCGUAGCCCGGGCAACUCCCAGUCCUGUGCCCAACGGAGUCGGCGCCGCUAUCGCCGGAAAGAAGCCUCCACCAAUGCCUCCUGCCAAACGACCUAACAUGGCAGGACGGAAACCUGCACCUCCCCCAGCCCCUCGCGAUAGCACUGCAAGCAUGGCCUCUGGCGAUUCAUCCGGCGCCAGUGGUCGCGGUACACCGAACAGCACAUCCAAUAUCAGCUUGGCUGGUAAUCUUGCCGAGGCUUUGCGUGCUCGCCAGAGUGCGAUGCAAGGCAAACACGAUGAUGAAGACGAUGACUGGUAG